AUGGCAAUUAUUCAUCUUCUGUCGUGGUGCCUUUUUGCGCUCACAACUUUUGCCACUUCGCCUUCGUGGCUGAACGACACCGAAGCGUCUGGGGGCAACGAACAACGAUCUAAUAAUCAUGUUGAACGACGUGCUAGAGCUCGCCCAUUCUACGCCAUAGCACACAGGGUCUUAACAUUACGAGGCCUUGACGAUGCCCUUGCCCAAGGAGCCAAUGCCGUGGAAAUUGAUGUGACUUCUUGGCCGACGGGAUGGUGGGCAGACCACGACAGCACUGGGAGAAGCGCCCGCGAAACCCUUGAGAGAAUGUUCCAAGUUGCUGCCGGCCGGCGCAGGGAAGGGAAGAACCUUGCUUUUAUCUGGCUUGACAUUAAAUCACCAAACAAGUGCAACCCCUGGGACCCGAAAGUGAACCAUUGCUCCAUUGUUGGACUUCAGGAGAUGGCACGCCGAUUACUACAACCUGCUGGAAUCAGGGUGCUGUAUGGCUUCUACGGGAGUGCUGCAUUCGGAGUAGGGUUUGAUUACAUCCGUGGGAGACUCAAUCACAAUGAAGCCCUCAAUUUGAAUGGUGGCUCUGGGGAGAUUAUCGGCCGUUUUAAAAGCAGCAACUUCCACAACGUCAGACAGCGCGUCUUGUCUUACGGCUCCAAUGAACUGCCCAAAGAAUUCGGAACGUGCUACGAGCCUACUUACAAAACUUGCACGGAGCUUCGUCAGGCAGUUAAUUCCAGGCAGUUUGGGAAAGUGUUUGGUUGGACAGUCACUGCUAACCAGUGGACAUACGCUGGUCGCUUGAUGAACGACGCGCAUGUGGAUGGGGUAAUCUAUGGGCCUGCCAAUUCCGACUUUUAUAACACAGACAUCACUCGUACCGCGUUCCGGGACGUCAGAGACUGGGUGAACAAGAAGCGUGAUUCGCGAUACAUGGCAUCGGCAAGGGAUGCGCCGUGGUGA